AUGGAGGGGUCGACUGUAAAAAAAAAACCAGGAUAUGGGCAUCACAAAAAAGAGAACUCUUUUGGCCACCCGCCACUGUCCCGUCAGUCCACAGCAGACUGCACUAGUGAUGACAUCGUUCAGCCCAGAAAACUGAAUGGCUCCUCAGUGGACACACCAAGCUACCAGAACCUGCACCGCGAGCUGCUGCUCAGCCAUAAACGGGGCCUGCUGCUGGAGGAGAAACCGGAGCUGAAGCGAGUGUUGGAGCAGCGCAGACUGGAGCUACACAAGGAGGAGGAGAUGGCACGACGGAGGCCCUCAGAUCUGGAGACGGAGCUCCGCAAGAGGCAGCAGAAGCUGCAAGAGUACGAGCAAGAGGAGAUCAGGCGGCGGGAGAACCAGCAGAAGAUCCCAGAGUUUGUUCGUGUGAAGGAUAACCUGAGGCGCACACAGUCGCCUGAGCAGUGA